AUGGCUAUGAAACGCAAGAGAUGCGAUCUUUCACUAGGAGACAAAUAUGAAGCAGUUAAACUUUUGGACCAAAAGAUCUCUCAGACUGAAGUUGCAAAGAAAUUGGGUUGUUCCCAGUCCCAAAUUUGCAGAAUUUCCGCCAAACGAGAGAACAUCAGAUCAAUGUUCGAGUCAAAUGCCAAUCCGGCGAGAAAACGACAAAAGUCCGGAAAGGCAGCUGACGUCGAGGGUGCCCUAACAGAUUGGUUUGAACAAGCUCGAGUAAAAGAUAUCCCACUGUCUGGGCCUAUCUUAGCAGAGAAAGCCAAAGAUCUCGCUAAACACCUUGAUAAAGAAGAUUUCAAUCUAACCACGGGGUGGUUGUCAAGAUGGAAGAAAACAAACAACAUAGUAUACAAGAAGUUACAUGGUGAAAAGAAAGAUGCCGACAUCAAUGCCGCUGAUAACUGGACAACAACUGUGUUACCCGGAUUGCUGCAGAAAUACGCACCUGAUGACAUCUACAACGCCGAUGAAACCGGCGUGUAUUACAGAGCAUUACCAGAUGGAACAUUAACAAAAAAACGACGGCAUGUAGUAAAGAAAAUCAUCGACGACAUUGACCGAGACACCGAUAUAACAGCCAAUGAACUUGUAAAAAAACUGACGAUUCUUGACACCAUACAACUGGCAAGAUCCUGGAAAGCGGUGACAGAAACUACCAUCAGAAACUGUUACAGGAAAGGGGGAUUCACCACACCUGAAACGACAACUAGUGAUGAACACGAAGAAAUUAACCCUCUACCUGGAAUGACCGAUGAGGAAUUCACAGAGUAUGUGAACAAAGAUGAACAGCUUGAAUGCUACACUAUGCCGACAGAUGAGGAAAUAUGCAGCAAGUUUCGUCCUCCACAACAGAAAACGGCUAGUGACGACAGUGACAAUGACGACGAGGAGUUCGUUUUACCAGUGACAGCGGGUGAAGCAAGGAGUGCUCUAUCCACACUGCGAAGAUACUUUGGUGAAAGUAACUGUGAUCACUUUGAGUUAUUGUAUAAACUUGAAGACAUGUGUGAAGCUACCGCUGCUAAUAACCGCUGGCAGACCAAAAUCACAGAACACAUUAACUGGAUUCCGUGA